GGGUGGAGCCGGGCUCCGGGGCGGGGCGCGGGUGCCCGGGGGCGGAGGAGCCGGGAGGCGGGAGGCGGGAGGCGCGGGGGCCGUUUAAGCGGCCUCCCUCCCGCCCCCAGCCGCCCGGUCUGGCCCCGACCCUGUCCCGACCCCCGGCCUGGCCCACUCCAGCCUGCCCCGCCGAGCGGUCCGCCGGGCACGCGGGCGGCCUCCGGAGCAGCCCAAGCCCAUGAGGGCCGCGCGCCCUGCCGCCGGCGCAGAAGAGACGGAGCUCCCGGCCCCCGAGGAGGAGCGGAGGAUCAAUGCGGUUCAAGAAUCGAUUCCAGCGGUUCAUGAACCACCGGGCCCCAGCCAAUGGCCGCUACAAACCAACCUGUUACGAACAUGCUGCUAACUGUUACACGCAUGCAUUCCUCAUUGUUCCGGCCAUUGUGGGCAGUGCCCUCCUCCAUCGGCUGUCUGACGACUGCUGGGAAAAGAUAACUGCAUGGAUUUAUGGAAUGGGCCUCUGUGCCCUCUUCAUUGUUUCCACAGUAUUUCACAUUGUAUCAUGGAAAAAGAGCCACUUAAGGACAGUGGAACAUUGUUUUCACAUGUGUGAUAGAAUGGUUAUUUAUUUCUUCAUUGCUGCUUCUUACGCUCCAUGGUUAAAUCUCCGUGAACUUGGACCCCUGGCAUCUCAUAUGCGUUGGUUUAUCUGGCUCAUGGCAGCUGGAGGAACCAUUUAUGUAUUUCUCUACCAUGAAAAGUAUAAGGUGGUUGAGCUCUUUUUCUAUCUCACAAUGGGGUUUUCUCCAGCUUUGGUGGUGACAUCAAUGAAUAACACUGAUGGACUUCACGAACUUGCCUGUGGGGGCUUAAUUUAUUGCCUGGGAGUUGUGUUCUUCAAGAGUGAUGGCAUCAUUCCAUUUGCCCAUGCCAUCUGGCACCUGUUUGUGGCCACGGCAGCUGCGGUACAUUACUAUGCCAUUUGGAAAUACCUUUAUCGCAGUCCUACAGACUUUAUGCGACAUUUAUGACCAAUCUGUACUAGGUCUCAAAACCAGUAUUAUUUCAAUUAUGGCACUUGGGAGUGGGGUAAGAGCCGAAGGUUGCACAGAGGGAAAAAGACAAACAAAGACAACUGCACUGACUUCCUUUAUAUCUUUUGAAUAUAAUUACUGUGAAAGUAUAAAAGCUGUGUUCUGGAAUUUCCCUCUUCACGGCAGAUAAAUAAGGUAGUGAAUUAAUUAUUCAUUCCAUUCCACUAUCAUGAAGGACUCUGGAUAGACUUGGCCAACUGAUGUUUACAAAACAGAAUUUUGUAUUUUAAUUUUACAGAUUUUACUACAUGAUUUUUCUACAUUACUAGGUCAGGUUGUAAAAGUCAGUGCAAUAACAAAGCUUCCUUUUUACGAGAAAAUUGUUUCUAUCACCUUCCCAUUAGCUGUGUGAAGAAUCAUGGACAGAACCUACACUACUUUUACCACGUUUCAUCUUGGCAUAACAUGGUUAUUUUUUAAAUAGAAAGUUUCGUUUUUUGUAAAUUUUUAAAGAAUAUUUCAUCGAAGCGCAUCUCUGCGGUUCCUCAUUCAUGUGAAUUUUUGCAGCAAGCUGUCAACAUUCCACAAAUGAACAAACAUUAUACCUCUUCUGAUAGUUUUAUUAAGCAUAGAGAAAUUGCCAAUUUUUAAAAACUGCGGUUUUCCAAACUUUCCUGCCAACCUCUGACUCUGAAUUCCAUGCUGCUUUGGGCCAUAUCCUUGACCUCGUUCGGUUUACCAGUGAUAGAAAAGUAUUUUGAUAUCAUUAACUUUUUCAAAGGACUCAACUUUUUCUCUAUGCCUUUGCUAUGUGUUCUUCAGGGUCCCUUUCAACAGUGGAUGAGCAUUCAUGUCUGUGUUACGAUGGUAUUAUUGGAGGGGCCAUCCACGCGAGACUCCUGAAGAGUGUUAUGAAUUACAGUGAAUAGUGGUACUGCCUGCUUGGUGCCCGUCAGUUAAGUCACUGUCACUUAGCUUACUAUUAUCAGUUUGGUACUCAUUUUCAAUUGUGGAACUAGAUGCACAAAUUCACAUUCCUAUCUUUCCCCUGCAUCUCCUGAUCUUACUUUUUUUCUUUUCUGUAGCAAAAUAUCUAAAAGCAUUGUUUGACAGAUAGAAACCCAUGCACCUGUAGUUCAUGGGUUAUAUCCUAGCUCAGUGGAGUGGUAUUUAAUAUAUCAUUUUUGGUUUUUGCCCUCAGUGUCUUAUAUUAAGAUUAACCUUAGUUGCUUUGUUUAUUAAUCUCCUGUUGGUGUUUUAAUAAAUGAAAUAACCUUGCCUUUAGAUUGGUGCUGGUAUUGACUGUUUGCAAGUACUGGGUUUGAUCAGUGGAAUAGUUGGUUUGAUGAAACAUUUAGGCUUACUCAUUGAAGUUUUGUACUGAUGCGGCUUCAAAAGAGGGUUUAUUUUGGGUGUGCAUAUGUAGAACUCUCUCAUUUGGGAAGAACUGGUAUUUGCUGGUGAAUUCUUCAACAGGCAAGGCGCCCAGUGAUAACACCAACCAGACCACCCCUACCUGCAUGAUUCUGACCAUCCUGAUGCCUGUGGUUUUGUGUGUAUUCUGUUUUUAAUAUAUUAAAUUUUGUGAAUUUAAAGUCUGCUCAAAAGUAACACUGUCAAAACCACUAAAAUGUAUGUAAAAAAUUGUGCUGUAGACUAGAAUAAACUUGUUACUUGGA